AUGAAGUCGAUCUCUCCCGUCGCAAGAACGACCUCGCACGGAGACCAAACGAAGGACAUCAGCGAUGACUUGUACGAUGGCAGCGCGAGCGGUCCACGUGGUUCGUAUCUCGUUGUGAACCCAUCGCACAGCAUGCAUCGGGAGUGUGGUCAUCGAAAUGACAGGUCCCUCAAUGUGAACGAAAUCGAGCCGCUGAACAUAUACCGAGCACAUAACAUACAGGCACACCUCAUCAUUGCGAUUCGACAAAUUCUUCGCGGUCAGCUGUGCAAGCAAAGACAUGCUUUGCAGGAUGCGCAGAUGGGUGUAGUGAUCAGCCGAGUGCAGCCAAUCUCAGGGUUCCUGCACAAGCUUGGUUCUGGCCGGUGGUUGUCGUCUCUGCUUCGUGUUGGCGUGAUCGGCAGGAACACGAUGAUGGGGAGCAGCAACGCAACCUCCUUUUUUGAACGACUCUGGUUGAAUGGGAAACGCGAACGAAUAUUGGAUGAGCAGAGUGCUUUGUGGCUGUGA